UAAUUUUCUCAACAUCAUGCGAUUUUCAAUCUGAUGAUUUAACUUUUUCUUCAAUACAUGCGAAACAUGGAAUUGAGGUUUCAGGACCUAUGUUGCUUGAAUUCGUUUCUUUCAACCAAGGCUUGACGACGUCAAUGAACGUCAAGUUCAUGUCGCUGCCCGUCUGCGCAGUAGAAGACAGGCGCGUACCUGCUUCUGUCAACGUGGGAUCUGCAGUUGUCCGCCUUGCUGUUGAUAUUAUAAAGCUCCGGUCCAGGGAAAAGGGAGCAUCAAGAGAGGAGGCGUCAUUCUUAGUGGUGGUUAGGUGAGCAUUGACAGCCACGAUCAACCGAGCUUUUCGGCCUGUACAUUACAGCAUGAGGGCAUCAGAGACAUUCCUAAAGAUGUCUGACGCGACGCGGCCGA